AUGUUGCAGCAUUUUUGUAUCGCUACAGAGAAAAUUCCAAGUGGUGAAAGCAUGAAAGUGGAUCGGGUCUAUGGGUUCUAUGACGAAUGCUUGCGAAAGUAUGGAAGUGCUGCGGUUUGGAAGGCUUGCACCGAAGUUUUUGAUUACCUGUCCCUUUCAGCCGUUAUUGAUGGAAAGGCCUUCUGCGUUCACGGAGGAUUGUCUCCAUCUAUCCAAACUCUAGAUCAAAUAAGAGUAAUUGAUCGGAAGCAGGAGGUACCCCAUGAUGGUCCCAUGUGCGAUCUUUUGUGGUCUGAUCCAGAAGAUUCAUCAGUUGGUUGGGGUAUGAGUCCAAGAGGAGCUGGUUAUCUUUUUGGUGCUGAUGUUGUCAAGACCUUCUGCGAUACAAAUGGCGUCGAUCUCAUUUGCCGGGCGCAUCAACUGGUUAUGGAAGGCUAUAAGUGGCAUUUCAACGAUACAGUGUUAACGGUCUGGUCAGCCCCUAAUUAUUGUUAU